UCCACUUUACACACUUUCCUUUGCAAUUUGGUUGUACUUGAUCGACGGGAUGAUCGCCACCACCCAUGAAACACCAAAUAAAAGGGCUUUAUAGUAAAUAUAAGUUACUGUAAAGCUAUCAUAGAUUACGUCGUUUUGGCGGGAGAUCGACUCGGCACCAAAAUGACAGAGAGCCUAUGAUGGGAUGCGCCUGUUGGUCGGCCCUCCGGAAGACAUCCAAGAAGGAACUCUUCGUUUAUGUCUCGAUAUUUCUGGCCUUGUUUCUCGUUGCUACGAUCAUCAACGACAUCGUAGCCUACUCCAUCACGCAGAAGACGCAUCUCUCAACUCAGACCCUCAGUGACUCUGUCCUGGUGAUGCACAUAAUCUCAUUUUACAUGGCUCUGCUUGGCUUCGUCUACGUCACCCAGGCGGGAAAGCACUGGAGAGCUGCCCGUUGCGAGUGGUUUUCGUUAGUGUUGAACUUCUUGGCGUGCUUCGUCCGGAUCGCUAUUGAGGCAGGCUUCAUCCAGUUCAGGGAGGCGCGGUACAGGAACUUCACGGAAUAGUCUGAUGCGAUCUACCGUUCUCAAUCUACCCCGUGUUGAAGAUACACAAUACAAAACACACUCGUGCACCCAUAAUGUAAAACUAUAUACAUAUGUAGAUAUUUGCUGAUCAAGGAAAGUCAUGAUUAAAAACUUAGAAAACAAACAAAUGAGCACCACCACGCAAUGUUUUGUCUGUAUCAUUUGAAGUUGUGUGAUUUUAUUUUAUUUACAAUGACUUUAUUUUUUUUAUAUGUACAAUUUGUUAUAACAAUAUAUACUGGCGAAACAUGGCCUCACUCCCUACAUUAACCAUUCAUGGAUUAGAAUAUCGCUGUUAACUAUCGGGAAUGGUUUAACAAGUUUGUAACAUUGAGCAUCCCAAUUUCCAACAAUGUCUUUGUUUAAAUCGUACAGAAGCAAGCAGGAAAUACGCAUCAGGCUAACUUCAAGGCAAAAAUAAACAGUUCCAACAAUUAAGAAGUAUUAACCAUCCUCAAAAAUUCCCUCGGUUGUGGCUGCAUAGAAACUGGCCAUAGCGUAGCCUUGACCAAGUCUGUCAAGCCAAGCUUUUUCCCUGAACUUUGCAAAGCAGAGCUAGCCAGGGGGCUGCACGCGGCGUACGUGUACCGUGACAAGUAGGGUAAAAUAAUAACAGCUGCCGGACCGUUAGUUCAGGGAAAAUGCUUGGCUUGACAGGCUUGGUCAAGGCUAGCCAUAGUGCCGCAAAUAACUCACAGUUAAUUAUUUUGACAAAAGUAUUGAAAAAAAAAAGAAGUAAACACAUACAACUAAAUUUGCAAACACAGACCAAGUGAUGUUGUCUCCAUAGCAAUGUGCUAUCUCACUAUCCUGUUUCAGCAAAUCUGAGGCAAAUAACUUAAACACUAUGGCAGUGACGCUGAAUGAACAUCACAAGCAAAGCAGG